AUGGCUUUACCUCUGGCCAAGUACAAGCGUAUUAUAAGUGUUAUCAAAAAUUCAACAUCACGCGAAUGUCUGACAGACAUUUUAAAGCUGUACCCUGGAGUAACAUACAACACUUUGGUUAGUAUUUACUCGCAAGAAUACCAGAAGAAAAUUAAGAAAGAAUUUCAUCGCCAUCAUUCUCCGGACAUGAUGGAACGUUAUUACCAGCGGUAUUUAACGCUAAGUAAUCAAGAUUUCCAAGAAUCAAUCUUACAACUUAUAGCUAAUGAGGUAGAUCUAUCAGCUUUCCUCUUAGCUCGCAUUGUAGUAGAAAGGCAUUUGGCACAUUUACAUCAUAAUGGAAAUAGUCGUAAGUUUAUGACACAAAAAGAUGAAAAUGAUAUGAGAUUAAAAGGAUAUGAUAAGACACCAGAUAUUAAAUUAGAAGUGCCAAUAGCUGUGAAUGGCAAUAUUGUGAACUGGAUAGAAAGUAAAGCAUCAUUCGGUGAUGAGCAUAGUCAUGCCACGUAUAUGAAGGAUCAGUAUUAUAGCUACUUAAACAGGUUCGGACCAGGGAUGGUAAUUUACUGGUUUGGAUUUAUUAAAGAGUUAAAUUUUGACGAGCAACCUGGCAUCUUAAUUGUGGACUCUUUUCCUUUAGAGAUAAUUACACUUAAAGCAUGUACAGAUCAUGACUGUAAUUAA